AUGGAUAAAAUAGAAGUUGAAAAAUGGACAAGAGGUGAUGACGAGAAAAAUUUGGAUAUAGAAAUCUUAGAAGCUAAUGAAAUCAUAGCUAACGUCACAGGACAAAAUCAGAACUCCAAUGACGAAAACGAACCUAUUCAGAAAAUAUCCUGUAAAGAGGCGGUCAUGUCAUUUAAUUCAUGUCUACAAUGGGCGGCAAAAAAUGCAUUGCCACUGCAUGAAGUGAUUUUUCUAAGAAGAAUUCGACAGAAGGCUGUCGAUCUAAGCAUCAAGAAAUGUGUUCAAAGUACUCUUGACAAUUUUGUUCAAAGAACAAUUAAGAGACAAUGA